AUGGGGUCGUACCGGUGCCUCCAGUUUCAGUACAUGGGGACGGGGGAAUGCCCGAGCAACGUCAACGGGGUCGUGGCGCCGUUCACGACUCCAAAACGCACCGAGCGAUGCGACACCAAAAUUUCCACAAGUCUGUACGGUGUGCCAGGGCACUGCCAAGUGCAAAGUGACGUCACAGGCGAUGUGAUUUCGACCAUGCACAUGGGGUGCUGCCGGUUCACGUUGCGCCAGUUCUCGUGCGCAGGGGCGCCCAGUAUGCUUCGCAUUGCCUUGGUGGUGCACCCCAGAGUCCUCGCAUCUACGUACGCCAGCAUCCGAUGGCUCCGGCAAGACUUGAACUACUCGUUGCCCAUUGAAGACUACUGGAAGCCAGACAAUACUUGCUUCGGUAUUGACGGGUACAGCAUGUUAUGGGACCUCAUGGGCAUCGAUUUUGUCGACAUGUUUGAACAAGAGUCUGGGCAGCUGGAUCUGUACCGCCUCGCGUGGCUCAAAGCCGCCGUACCGUUUCACAUGAUCGAGCGAUCUCCGGGGUGUCUUGGCUGUCGCCUGCGUCCGAUUCGUGGUGGCGGUGGGUUUUGCGGCAAGACCAUGGCCAAGCAGAAUGUACGUAGGGACGUGCAUCUUGCCAACUACAAACCGGUGUCGUAUGUGCUGGGGGACUUGGGUUGCUUUGGCCAUUCCUAUGCCUUGGUGGACAUGUACACGGAAACAAAGAUCAGUCAGACGGUCGCAUCGCAUGACGGAGGCCAUGUUGCUGGGUGUCCACAAGACCAGCAUCACGAUCCGUUCGAAGAUGCAGUGGGCAGUCGAUUGAACAGCUUGCCACAGCAUCAAAGUACCAAACGCAGCACCUUGUUCCCACCUACGCUGUGA